GUUGUUACUAAUUAAUAGUGUACCAAUGCCUUUCAACCAUUUCAAUCCCAGAAGCCUCAAUAGCCAUUGUCGCUACGCCAUUGAGCACCCCCUCCACGUCGUGCAGCGUUCAAUGUGGCUCCCCUCGCCCCACUUUAGAAAGGUACAACUUCGUUAUUUUGUUUAUCCCACAACCAUGGAGGAGUUUACUAUGCAACAGCGGACAACAGGCUGGUCACAUGACUGAACGAUAUCGAUCAGUUCCACACGCGACGAUGGCUGCUUCCUACUGUCAAGGUACAAUCCGAGGGACGGACCCCGCCUCCUUCAACUCGGAGGAUGCCGCAGACCGUCUCCGCAAGGCCAUGAAGGGACUGGGCACAGACGAGCACCAGAUCAUCCGGGUUCUCACGGAGCACACCAACGCCCAGCGGCAGGAGAUCAAGGACAAGUACAAGACGUGUUUCGGCAGGGAUCUCAUUGAAGACCUAAAGAGUGAGCUGGCGGGUCACUUCGAGUCCCUCUGCCUCUACCUGUUGAUGCCGGCGAGGUACUUCGAUGCCUUCUGUCUGAAGAACGCCAUGAAGAGACUCGGCACCAAAGAGUCUCACAUCAUCGACAUCCUGGUGUCCAGGUCCAACAUGGAGAUCCAGGACAUAAAGACUGUCUACAAAGAGUUGUUCCAGUCCGACCUGGAAGAGGACAUCAAGUCGGAGGUGUCAGGUGACUUCCAGCGCGUGCUGGUUGGUCUCGUGCAGGGCAGGAGAUCGGAGGAGCAGACGGUUGAUGACGACGCCGCCAAGGCCGACAUGAGGGAGGUGUAUAACGGAGGUGAGGGACUGAGAUUCGCCACGGACGAGGAUGUCUUCAACAAGGUGCUCGUGACCCGCAGCAUCCCUCAUCUUAGGAAGGUGUUUGAGCUCUACAAGGAGUACGCCAGCAAGGAUAUAGAGGGCGCCAUUAUCGGCGAGAUGAGUGGAGAUACACAGAAAGCUUUCCUGGCAAUAGUUUAUUACGUGAAGGACCCCUUAAAGUUCUUCGCCAAAUGUCUGUUUGAGAGUAUGGACGGAGUGGGAACCGAUGACGAACGCCUGAUGCAGUUGGUGGUGUCCCACUCUGAGGUGGACCUCCAGGACGUGGCGGAUGUCUACCAGAAGGAGUACAAGGCAACCCUGGCAGAACACAUCCGGAAGGACACCUCAGGCGACUACCGCAAGCUGCUCCUGCAGCUGACGCAGGGCGGGGAAAGCCAGGGAGUCGCCGGACAAAAGAAGGAGUCAAGUUGAAGUCAGGAUCACACUUCAUCAUUUCAUGCUCCGACACCUGGUGCCAUUCUGUCACAUGGACGAUGUGUUUGCCAGACACUAGAGAGACAGAAGCAGGAUAUUGAAGGGCCGGUGUCUCUUGGUUCCAGUCACCUAUAUCUCAUAUGUAACAUGUAGAGUACACAAAUUAGUGACACAACAUACACUUGCCUCCUAUCUUAUGUUCCAGGGUAUAUCUCAGCCAUGACUAACAGGAGCAUUUUGUGGCAGCUCAGUUACCACAGAUGUGCCCAGGUAUUCUGACAGCCAUUGACUUGAUGCAAUUAAUCCUUUCAUUAUUAACAAAUAUUUCUGAAAAUUAAAAAACCCACUUCCACCUA